CAUUGCUAUUGAUUACAGUAGCAGUUCCUUGAUACAUCAAUAAUUCACUAUGGCUAUAAUUUCCUUUCAAAAUCCAUUCCUUCUCCCCAUUAUUCUAGCUUUCUUUUUGGUGAACUCCUGCCACUGCUUCCAUCCCAAGCUCUUCAAUGUCUCAAAGAUACAAUCUAAUUCUGAUUGGUCGCCUGCUGGGGCUACUUGGUAUGGCAGUCCCACUGGUGCUGGAAGUGAUGGUGGAGCUUGUGGCUAUGGGAAUGCUGUGGAGCAAGCACCAUUCUCUUCAUUUAUAUCAGCUGGAGGCGAUUCUAUAUACAAAUCAGGCCAGGGGUGUGGAGCUUGUUAUCAGGUGAAAUGCACGUCGAGUUCGAAUGCUGCAUGCUCAGGGAACCCAGUUACUGUGGUUAUCACAGAUCAGUGUCCUGGAGGCCCCUGUGCCCAGGAAUCCUUUCAUUUUGAUUUAAGUGGCACUGCUUUUGGGGCCAUGGCAAUAUCUGGCAACGAAGAUCAACUUCGUAAUGCUGGAGUCUUGCAAAUUGAACAUCAAAGGGUCCCAUGCAACUGGCCUGGUAAGACGGUGACCUUCCAUGUUGAUUCUGGAUCAAACCCUUACUACUUUGCAACUGUAGUUGAAUACGAAGAUGGAGAUGGUGAGCUUAAAUCCGUGGAAUUAAAACAGGCAUUGGAUUCAGAUUCAUGGAUUCCCAUGCAAAAAUCAUGGGGUGCUGUUUGGAAGCUCGACGCAGGCUCGUUGUUACGUGCCCCGCUUUCUAUUAAGCUAACAUCUCUUGAGUCCGGCAAGACCAUUGUAGCUAGCGGUGUAAUUCCGGCAGGAUGGGCACCCGGACAAACUUAUAGAUCACUAGUUAAUUUUAAUUAGUGGUUAAUUGCUACAUGGAAGCUCUAGUUCCAUAUGGAGCAGAUCAUCUGCAUGUGCGUAUGUAUGUAUGUAUGUAUGUUCCAAGGAACAUGGAAUCUUAUUAUAAAGGAUGAAUGAUUAGCUUUACCA